UCAAUGUUAUUCGCUGUAUGGAAAUAAUAUUCGCCAUUAGAAUAGACGCCUUCAGUCUCUCUUCAUCCCUCGUUCUCUGAUCGUUCUUCAUCAUACUUGCAAGGCUGCACUGCUUCUCUCUAAGAUGAACCGUCUUAGUAUUUUCGGUAUACAUGUGGACUACGUUAUGGUGCUCAGUUUUUUGUUUCCCGUGUCAAGAAAAUGGCGGAUUUCGAGUUGUGAGUGCUUGUGAAUUCGUCUGAAGAUUCUGAUUCGACACUGCGAAGAACAUGUAUACACAUUGAUGACUCUCUGAUGGAAGUGGAGCUUUGAUCAAACUAUAUGGAAAAUAUCCUGUCAGCAUACACCUGUCAAGAUCAAGCUGUGGUGCAAUAUGUCCUCCAAGGGGACCUUUCUGAUACUCCUUGUUGUGACGAUCAUCCUUACGACGUACACUGUCUUUCGAAACAACCAAGACCUACCCAGCUCAAUUGUCACUUUAUCAUCUGUUUUACGGCUUAAUCGGGUAAGUCUCUAUCUACAAAACCGGCAUCUUACUACACCCGUGCCAACAGCUAGCUGGAAUGUGACGUCAGUGCCUUCCUACAACGGGAGCAUCGUAGCAAACAAUGUUUCCAUGCCAACAAGAAGUCAUCCAGGGAACUGGUCCUCAAAGAUUUCAGCUUCAUCUCGCCCCCCAUCAUGUUCGCCCGUUCAAAACAUCGCAUACAUAAAGACAUUAAAGACAGGUUCGACGACCUUACAGACAAUCAUUAACAGAUACGGGUUCUUUCAUAAUUUGUCAUUCAUUCUUAAUCGCGAGUCGUCAAAGAAUGGCCAUUUCUACCAUCUUCCGUUCACGGAGGAAGUGGCAGAGACCCAUUUCUUACCUCCCAUUCACGUCGCAGCUGAUGACUUUCCUAAUUAUAGAAACUAUAACAUGAUGGCGGUCCAUGUGCGCUACCAGCGGGAUGUGAUGGAGAAAUACUUCGCACCAGAUACACAAUAUAUGACAAUCGUCCGUGAUCCGGGAAUGCAGUGGGAAAGUGCCUUUAACCAUUUUCAAUUCCACGAUGCUAUUCUUCUUAAUUUAAUCACUAAUUCGAAGUCAAGCGCACUUGAAAAUGACACGAUUAAUGCCUUGGGUAAUUCCAGCCUUGUAAACGGGAGUCUUGCUUUCAGAGGAUGCAGAAAAAAGCUUUUGCAUACACCGGUGAAAAGUGGCAAGGGCAAGGGCAAGGGCAAGACCAUAAAACAAAAGAAUUGUUCAAUACCAAAACUUAUUGAAGAGUUUAUGGCAAAUCCCAAUUUUUACCAGGAGCGUUUACGUUUUAUGACAUGGGAGGGGGAGAUGGGUAAGAGAUGGGCGUACGCACGAAACAACCAGAUUUACGAUUUGGGAAUGGAACGAGAACGCCAUGAUAAUAUGACCGCUGUCAAAGAAUGGAUAUUUAAACUUCAAGACGAGUUAACGCUUGUCCUUAUCAACGAGUACUUCGAUGAAUCACUAUUGAUCAUGCGAAAACUCUUCUGUUGGAGCUUUCAGGACAUCGCGUACAUUGCGAAGAAUGUUCGAAUCAAUGUUGGGAAUGUCAGCAUCACGGGUGCCCUGAGGGACAAAAUACGCGAGUGGAAUGCCGCGGAUACGCUCUUGUACUCGCAUUUUAAUCGCACGCUCUGGCGCCGUAUUGCCGACUACGGGCCGGGCUUUGAAUCCGAUUUGAACUACUUCAGAAAUCUGUUGGGAACAGUAUUACGUAACUGCACGCAGGAGGCAGUAAAGACCCUUUGGAAUGGGGAGCAUCUUUACGGCCAUCAGGAGCGCGUACCGCGUGACGAUGCUACCUUGUUCUGCCGGACUCUAGCUGAAUCCAAAACGGAAUUACAUUACAGAAUUUAUUGUAGGCAGGACAUCAAUCGUACUGCGGAAGCUUGUCAGAAAAAGGUUUGAUUCAGUAUUGAAUUGAUUGAUUUGAUUUUUAUAUCUGCAUCUUACAACAUAAUGCAAAGCAAUAUACAGUGCGACCUAGAAAAAACGAAACCGCGAAUUAUCGAUGUUUUAUCAUAACUUAAUCACAGUAAUAAAUAAUAAAUAAGACAU